AUGUCAGGAGACGAUGGUGUUUUAAGAAGCCAGUUGCAUUCUUUGCGACAUGAAAUUGCAGGAACUAGUGCAGAAUUGCAGCGGUUAGAGAAUUUAACAAAGAGUGUUCGUGAAGAACCAAUAUUAGAGGAAGAAUCGGUGUAUGAAAAGUCAACUCCAAAGCAACAGAUUUGGAUGGGCACAUCGCGUGUAAUUGAAAGUUUGCAGAAAGAAAUUGAUACGUUAAAAAUGUCGCGAAAUGCAGCAAUUACAUCAUGUGAAUCAGAGAGAAAGGCACGUGAGGCGUUAUUGAAACAAUAUGUUGGAAUCAAGGAAAUUGUUGAACGAUUACAAGUAGAAAAUGAGAAUUUUAGUAGCAUUUUGGCUCGAAAAGAACGUACGUUUAAAGAAGGAAUAGAAAGACGUAGAGAAUUGGAAAUGAAGCUAGAGAAGUUGGAGAAACGUAAUUUGGAAUUGGAAGAUGAAUGCAAUGGGGAUCGUAAACGGAUUAGGGAAAUGAAUGAUGAAAUUAUUCGAAAAGUAUCACAGUUAUAUAAAGCAGAGAAAGAAUAUGAUGCACUUGGAAAGGAAAUAACAGUAUUAGAAAAGAAAUAUAGAGUAGAAUUGGAAUAUCUGUCCAAUCGAGUGAAUAUUUUACAAAAACAACGUGAAGAAGAUGGAAAACAUAUUCGACGAUUUGAAGAAGAGAUUAAGCAAUUAUCAUCAGAAAAUAUAGCAGAACGAGAAAUGAUUCAAAAAAUACAAAAACAAUUAGAAGCAUCACAAGAACAAUAUGUAAGUCAUUUUCAAGAAAUAUUAGAUGCACUUCGAAAACGUGUUGAAUCUUCAGAGAAAGAAAAUGAGAAAAACAUUGAUCAAGCCAAUGAGGUUCUUAAAGAAUUGAAUACAUUAAAUAAUCGGAUACGUCUUGUAAACAUUCAAGGGUUAAAUAGAUAAACAAAAGCAUAGAAAAAACUAUCUGCAUUUUUUUAUAAAUAAUUUAUACUUUUACUAUGUUAGAUUAUUGGAAAAUAAUGGUUUAUUUACGCAUUGGAUUUUUAGCAUAACAAAUUAUGAAACUUGGUUUUUCAUAGAUAUUUUUUAUGUAAUUUUAAAGAAUAAA